UGCCACACCAUUUGGACACCGAUCCAUCCAUCCAUCCAGCCCCGUACGUGUCUCGCUGGCCGUCCGUAUAUAUAGAGAGAGGCAUCGGAGAUUGGCCGCCACGUUGCCAUCGCGCGCGGCGCCCGCCGGCCAAGGCCAACCAUGCUGGCGAGGGCUCCUCCGCCGCGGCCGUGCUCCAGCGGCGUUUGCAUCGCCCGCGCACAUCCAAGAGCCGCCGCCGUCGCGGCCAGGCCGGGGACGACGAGGACGACGACGACGGUCGCGGCGGCGGCGGCAGAGGCCGCUUCUAACGGGUCAGCGGCGGCGGCCGUCGCAGGGAUCAGCAGCAGCAGCAGCGCGCUGGUGACCUCGACCGUCGGGAAAUCGACGAACAUCCUGUGGCAUGAGUGCGCCAUCGGGCAGAAGGAGCGACAGGGUCUGCUGAACCAGAAGGGCUGCGUCGUGUGGAUCACUGGCCUAAGCGGUUCAGGGAAAAGCACGCUCGCGUGCGCGCUGAGCCGCGAGCUGCACGGCAGAGGCCACCUCACGUACGUCCUCGACGGCGACAACCUCAGGCACGGGCUGAACAGGGACCUCAGCUUCGGAGCAGAGGACCGCGCCGAGAACAUCCGCAGAGUAGCGAUGUCACUGCUCGUUUGCUUAAAUCUUUAUUUCAGGGGAAGUAGCGAAGCUGUUCGCCGACGCUGGCCUCGUCUGCAUCGCCAGCCUCAUAUCGCCCUACAGAAGCGACCGAAGCGCGUGUCGCGAUCUGCUGCCCAAGCACUCGUUUAUCGAGGUGUUCCUGGACGUGCCGCUUCAAGUGUGCGAAGCCAGGGACCCCAAAGGCCUCUACAAGCUCGCACGCGCCGGCAAAAUCAAAGCUUAAACGACGACGCCCUGCAUGCAGGGUUCACCGGCAUCGACGAUCCUUACGAACCGCCGUCGGACUGUGAGAUAGUGAUCCAGUGUAAAGUCGGCGACUGCCCUUCGCCUGAAUCGAUGGCUGGUCACGUUGUGUCGUACCUUGAGACGAAUGGUUUCCUCCAGGACUAGACAUGGAAUGCGAUCGAUGCGUCUGAUGUGUAUAUAUGUAGCAGCAGCCGGAGCGGCAUUGCCAAGGCUGUGUAAUCUCAUGGCUGUCUUUCUCUUUAAGACCAAAACAAACAAGAGAUGGCAGUGUAAAAAGGAAAAAAAAAACUGCGUCUGACAGAGUCGCUGAAUCAACCAUGCUUCUGAUAAAAGCUAUUGUUUGUAGGUACGGCGUUGAUUCUUACGACAUUUAUGACAAUGCUUUCGAAAGGUCGGUUCCAAAAAAAAAACAAAUUCCAUUUAUUGCAAUGAUGGAGAUGGCCCAUACAUGUAGUAAAGAACAGCCGUCCUGAAGAUUGAAAACAAGGGCAAUUUUGAUGCAAAAUGGCCAGGUCUAUUUAAUGUCAUCACUCAGGGUCUAGACCAAGGCAAUAGAAAUGUUUGGUUGCUACUGGUACCAUCACGGAAGGUUGCGUGCGUCAAGGUGAAUCAAAUCUGUGAAGGGAACGUGGCCGUCAGAUCUACGGGUUGGGAGUUAGAUCAAUUAUAUCUUUUGCUAAAUGGUUUAGCUCUAAAACAUCUAGCGGAAAAUGUUGACAAUGUUUAAUGGACAACAUAAAUAAGAGGAGGGUUGGCUCCAACUACCUAUCUUUCUAGCAUCUAUCUGGUGGUUUAAUUUUCACGCCUUCUCUCUUGUAGGUCUCACCCUCACUUGUGUAACUUGAGAUUAAGAAAGUGCAGCACUUACCACAGUGGUUUAUGGUGAA